GCGCGCAUGCGCUCAAAGGGAGCCGGGCGAAGGGCAAGACGGUGGCUGAGAGGGCACGGGAGAAGGACGGUGGCCGACGAGGUCGGGGAUGGAGCAUCUGGAGCGUUGCGCGUGGUUCCUCCGCGGGACGCUGGUGCGGGCGGCUGUGAGGCGCUACCUGCCCUGGGCGCUGGUGGCCUCCAUGCUGGGGGGCUCCCUUCUUAAGGAGCUUUCUCCGCUGCCCGAGAGCUACCUGAGCAACAAGCGCAACGUCCUCAACGUGUAUUUUGUCAAAAUGGCCUGGGCCUGGACGUUCUGCCUUCUCCUGCCUUUCAUUGCCCUCACCAACUACCACCUGACAGGCAGAGCAGGCCUGGUCCUGAGGCGGUUGAGCACCCUGCUCGUGGGCACGGCCAUCUGGUAUGUCUGCACAGCCCUCUUCUCCAACAUCGAACACUACACAGGCAGCUGCUACCACUCGCCAGCUCUGGAGAGGGUCAGAAAGGAGUACCAGAGUAAGCAGCAGUGCCACGGGGAAGGAGGCUUUUGGCACGGCUUUGACAUCUCAGGCCACUCCUUCUUGCUGACCUUCUGUGCCCUCAUGAUUGUGGAGGAGAUGUCUGUGCUGCAUGAGGUGAAGAUGGACCGAAGCCACUGCCUCCACACGGUCAUCACCACCCUGGUCGUCGCCCUGGGCUUCCUGACUUGCAUUUGGGUGUUGAUGUUUCUGUGCACAGCUGUGUAUUUCCACGACUUGUCCCAGAAAGUGUUUGGCACCUUGUUCGGUUUGCUGGGCUGGUAUGGGACAUAUGGGUGUUGGUAUCUGAAAUCAUUUUCCCCAGGACUUCCUCCCCAGAGCUCUAGUUUGAAUUUGAAGCAAGAGAGUUACAAGAAAUAAAAUAGAGACAAAAGGGAGGACAGUGAUAACUUUAUCAUUUCUUUUGUUUAGUUAUUUGGCUAAAUUAUUGAUCCUACUUUAGAGGGGAAGCUUACCAGGCAGUUCGGGUUGGGUUGUGGUGAAAUCUGGGGAGUGGGGGCUUUAGCCCCCAGGCUAUUCUUGGCAACAUCAUCUGUGUCACAAUCACCACCACUCUCAGUCAGGCACUUUUUGUUCCUGGUAAGACUUGACCUUAAUCUGGAACAAGGCUUUGGUCCCUAGAGGGGAGAGCUAAGGCUCAGGGAAAGGACAGGAUCAGGAAAGCUCCUGUGGUGUGGCCUCAGGAUUCUCCUGCACUUUCUUCCUGAUCCAAGUUGCCUUUUAAGUUUAAUGGCUGUUAAUGCUGUUGUCUAACAGCCUUUCUCUCUGACCAAUUUUGCAUAAGCAUUUAUUUCUGGCAAGGGUCUGAAACACCAAACUCCUGAAGGACACUCUCUUGUAGUAUUUGUUUCAUUCCUUGAAUGUUAUCUAUUACAAAUGGCCACAAAACAGGCCCGUUAAAGGGCAGUGCCUGCCUCUGUGGGAUGAUUCUUACGGAAAUGAACAAUGAUCUUUUCUGUCUGUUGUCUGUUAUUAUAUGUUGGUUUUUAGAACGAUAAGGCAAUCUUUUAUUUUCUUCUAUUUUGAGCAAAUACUUUAUAUGGUUUUAAUAACAACUAUGGCAUUUGUUCUUUGCUGACAAAACUCCUGAAAAUAACAGACAACUCCAGUGCUGCACUUUGGCACAUGUAGAUUGUUCUAAGGUGGUGUUGUUGUUGUUUUGUUUCGUUUGUUUUUCUAGAACACUAAGUUACUUUUUAUAAACCAAACUCUGACCUUAUAGUAUUAAAUUCCACCUCAUGGGGCUGUUUUCUCUGUGAAGAAUAAAAGUAGAAAGCAGUCAUUUUAAUAAAAGCCUCAUGAAUUUUAAGCUAAGUCAAAAUAAUUUUGCAAAAUACAUAUUUGCACUGAAACUUUCCUGACCACAGAAGAGUGAUACAGACUGAACGGUGCUUCGGGGUCCUGUGUUGGGUGCCUUGAUCACUCUGCUGUGGCUGAGGGCAUUUUUACCUUUUGGACAAGAUUAUGAUAAUUCAGAAGUGAAGUCAAAUGCCUCCCUCUGAUGGCAAAAAGCCAACCCGUUUGCAAAAUCCUCCUUAUUACUAAUAAAUGGUGGCGUGAUUUUGGUUCCUCCCUCUUCUUGCCUCAUCAACCAGACCAAACCAAAGGUGGCUCUGUUCAUCGAGCCUAGAAAUCAGUUCACUUUUUCUUUCCUCUUUCAAAACUCCUCAGUUCCCAGCCUUGUCAUUCUGUGGCCUUUGCUGUGAGAGUGAAGGAUCAGAGUCUCACUUUGUUGCCCUUGGUAGAGUACCGUGGCAGCAUAGCUUACAGCAACCUCAAACUCUUGGGCUCAAGUGAUUCUCUUGCUUCAGCCUCCCAAGCAGCUGGGACUACAAGCGCCUGCCACAAGUCCUGGCUACUUUUUAGAGACAGGGUCUCACUCUGGCUUAGGCUGGUCUCAAACCUGUGAGCUCAGGCUAUCCACCUGCCUCUGCUUUCCAAGAGUUAAGAUUCGAGGCGUGAGCCACCAUGCUUGGUCAAAGGCAUAGUUCUACACUCCGGUGAGAGGGCUCCUCUCCUCUCCCAGACUAUCUCCUUAAGCCUUUUAAACCAACCCUGCUGUUUGGAUAAUCAUUUUUAAAGUUGCUUUGAUAGGCCAAGUGUGGUGGCUCACACCUGUAAUCCUAGCACUCUGGGAGGCCAAGGCAGAUUGCUUGAGCUCAGGAGUUUGAGACCAACCAAGAAGAUCAAGACCCCGUUUCUACUGAAAGUAGAAAAACUGAGGCAAGGGGAUUGCUUGAGCCCAGGAGUUUGAGGUUGCUGUGAGCUUUAAUGAUGCCACAGCACUCUACCCACGGCACUAGAGUGAGACUCUGUCUCAGAAUAAUAAAUAAAUAAAUAGCUGCUUUGAUGGCCCUCUCUCCUCAGUCAAGCCUGAUAAUAGCAUUACUGAUAAGCAUUGACUCAAGUUUAGGUUGUCAGGAGUUGAGGGUAAGUCUCAAUGGUACCUUUUUUAACAUAAAGAUAUAUUUAAAAUAUUUUAUAUCCCAUUGAGCUUCAGGUUAACUUUAUUGAUAACAGUGUGAGGCGUGAUAUGUUGUAUCCGAAGGGACAGAAGCACAGACAAUGAGGUAUUGGAAGUGUCCCUGUGGUGCUUUGGAUGCACUGGCAGGAAGUGAUAGGUCCGGCAAGAGGAUUUUUUUUUGCCACGUGGAGUUUAUAUCCACAAACCGGGGGCGGGAAUCAGGGUGGGGUGGAUGGCGGGAGCUUGCUGAAGGGAUUGAAAUCGCUCCUAAGUUUCAUGUUCAGCACCAAAAGGGAAUAGGCACAGUGUGUCUCCAGAAGUCCUUUGUCACACUUUAAAUCUCCAGAUGUUCUUCUCAUGUGGGUCUGAUUCAAGCUCAGCAUUGAACUAACGCUACGUGGAAAGUGUUGAUUGCCGAGCCUCCUGUUGGAGCUCCGCAAUCGGCCUUUUCCUUGGGAGCGGGCUCUCAAUCCCUAUAAGAGACAGUGUGGCGUUAGUGAAAGACUCUGGGCUCAGGCAAAUGUGAGAUGUGGGUUGGCAUAAUAUCUUGGCACCACUCAUACCUUUAUGACCAUGGCAGACCUGUACAGUAGAUACGAUUCUGUUAGGAUCAAGGGCAAUGAUAUAUGUAAAAUGCCCAAUCUAUGAGCUUAGCAGGUGGUAACCACUCUGCCACCUUUUUAAUA